AUGGCAAAGUGGUCAAAUGAAGUGGCCACUUAUUUGAUUGCUUCAUACUCUGGAGUCUACGUUUCUAUCGUUUCGUUUUUCACCGUUCUUUUUGUGUUCAUAUAUUGGACUAUGAUGAGUAAUCCGUUGGUUAGCUUCUUCAAAGGAUGGAAACUCAUCAUUCUUUUGAGUUGGUCAAUAUUUUCUGGAAUUAUUGGAGGAGCAAUCGUUCUGUAUUUGGGAAGAAUCGAUGACUAUUCAAGGGAUUAUAUGAGAAACGUCAUGCUAGAACACUAUAAUCUAGAUGUAAACCAGAUAUCUGGCUACGCGGUUGUCGCUUAUGAUGGAAACGGAAAUCUUCGCUGGAUUAGUUUGAUCUUCAUUAUUGCGAGCAUUGCAAUUCUCGGGGUUCAAUUUCUGAUUGUCUGUGGUCUGCAAAUGCAUUUCAAAAUGAAUGAAAUGCUGAAAAAUGUAUCAGAAACACAUAGAAGACUACAGAAACAAUUCUUCAAGAGUUUAGUUUUGCAGAUAACGUCUCCUACACUGACGUUCUACAUUCCAGCAGUUGCAAUUCUAACUGUCCCUUUUCUAAAUCUCGAAUGGAGUCUUCCAACUGGUUUAAUCGUUUGCUCAUUCUCGAUUUAUCCACCAAUUGAUUCUCUCAUUCUCAUGCUUAUUGUAUCUGACUAUCGGAACGCUAUCAAGGGUAUCUUCAAGAAUCCUUCCAGUAUGCUCCGUGGAAAGUCAACAACUCAGGAGGCGUUUUCACAGAGGACUUUCUAA